UCCGGAGAGACCGGAUAUAGUGAAUGCAGGGUCCGGGGGAGGCCGGAUAUAGUGAAUGCAGGGUCCGGGGAGACCAGAUAUAGUGAAUGCAGGGUCCGGAGAGACCGGAUAUAGUGAAUGCAGGGUCCGGAGAGACCGGAUAUAGUGAAUGCAGGGUCCGGGGGAGGCCGGAUAUAGUGAAUGCAGGGUCCGGGGAGACCAGAUAUAGUGAAUGCAGGGUCCGGGGAGAGCUGAUAUAGUGAAUGCAGGAUAUAGUGAAUGCAGGGUCCGGGGAGAGCGGAUAUAGUGAAUGCAGGGUCCGGGGUUUAGUAACACUGCGUCC